UAGCCGGGAUGUCCACCACGGGCGGGGGCCGUCGCCACUGAGUCUGGAGCCCGGCACCACCCACUUGUCGGAGAGCGCCGCGCGGGGCCAGCGCAAAUCUCUCCACAGCCAGUGGCUCCUGCUCUCGUAAGCCCUAUCAUUUCAGGCAAACACACGCGCCGGCCGGGAGCAGGGCGUAGGUCACGAGCAGCACGUGCGGGUCCUCGGCGUCUCGCUGCAGGGUGAGGGUGCCCGCAGUGCCAGCGAGAGCGCCGGAGGGGGGAGAGUGGGCGCACGGGCGGCCGGGAGGCGGCAGUCCGGGGGAGCAGGGGCCACGCGGCAGUGCGGGCGGCGGGACUGCAGUGCCGCCUCUCCAGAGAAAGCCCACACGCUCACACGCCCGCGCGCGCGCGCACACACACACACGUGCACACUGUAAGCAGCGAGAACACGAGCAAGAGCCCAUACGCUCUGGACACGUUUUAGCGAUGGCUUCUGCCCUCAACAGCAAAAUUCACGCGCCCGGGACUUGCCUGGGCUCCAAAGCUGAGGCCCACGGCGGCGCCAGCUGGAGAAUGGACUGCGACCCCGAGAUGCACGUGAAAAUGUGCAAGAAGAUAGCCCAGCUCACCAAGGUGAUUUAUUCCCUGAACACCCGCCAGGACGAGGCUGAGGCCAGCAUGGAGGCGCUGCGGGAGGCCCACCAGGAGGAGCUCUGGAACGCGGUGGCGGAGACCAAGGCGAGGUUUCUGCAGGAGCAGGGACAGGGCCGAGCGGAGGAGGAGGAGGCCCUGCUCCAGCGCAUUCAGGCCCUGGAGAGCGCGCUGGAGCUGCAGAAGAGGCUGACGCAGGAGGCCCUGGCCCAGUCGGCCAGCUGCAGGCUGGAGACCAAGGAGAGGGAGCUGAGGGUGGAGGCGGAGCACGCCGAGCGGGUCCUCACCCUCUCCAAGGAGAUGCUGGAGCUCAAGGCUGACUAUGAGAAGAGGCUCCGGCACCUGAUGGGCCACGAGGCGCCCCAGUGGGGCCGGCUGCCCCAGGAGAGCCCCGACCCGAAGACGGAGCCGAGCGCCGGCCCCGAGAUGCAAGAGGUCCUGCUGGAGGUGGAGCGGCUGCGAGUGGAGAACCAGCAGCUGAGCAAGGACUACGCCCAGAAGGCUGAGGAGCUGCAGGCCAGCUACGAGCGGGAGAACGAGGCCAUCCGGCAGGCCAUGCAGCAGUCGGUGAGUGAGGCCCUGUGGCAGUGGCAGGAGAAGGAGACCGACCUCCGCAAGAACUUCCAGGUCCAGGAGUCGGCCCUGCAGGCCCAGGUCCGGAAGCUGGAAGGGGACCUGGAGCACAGAGGCCGCAAGAUAAGCGACCUGAAGAAGUACGCCCAGAAGCUGAAGGAAAGGAUUCAGGACCUGGAUGUGCAGCUCAAGGAGGCUCGGCAGGAGAAUUCGGAGUUGAAGAGCACUGCAAAAAAACUUGGGGAGAAGCUGGCCGUGGCCAAGGACAGGCUGAUGCUGCAGGAGUGUCACGUGACCCAGAAAGCCGAUGACACGAAGACAGAGCGAAUUGCAGAGAAUGAAGUCUUGGGGAAAGCGAAUGACUUGGAAUCCCGCAGUCCCCGCGCUCAGCAGGAUCAGAAGUUGCCCAAGGAAUGUCCGUGCACGAAAGGAGGCCCGGAUGCACAGGCCAAGAAAGAGGCGCGUGUGGAGACGGAACACAUGAAGCAACAGUACGAAGAGGACCUUCGUAAAAUCAAACGCCAGACGGACGAGGAGAAGAAACACCUCAAAGAGCAGCUGGUGAAGCGCCUGGAAGACCUGGUGAAGACGCACACGGCGGAAAUCAAGUCGGUCCGCUCGUCGGUGGAGGCCGAGAGGAGGCGGCUGCGGACGGAAGUAGAGGCGCAGUUGGAGGAAGUGAAGAAGAAGUCGGAAAGUGAAAUAAAGCAGCUGGAGGAGGAGAAAGCGGCCCUCAAUGUGAAGCUGCAGAACUCUCUGCUCGAGGUUUUAAGGCUGGAAGAGUUUAUCCAGCAGAACAAGGUGUGCCCCCAAAGAGACGAGGAGGGACCCCAGGAACGGAACUGCCCGCACCACCGCAUUUUAGAGACCCAGGAUCCAUGCUUGGUGCUGAAUGAGCCUUCUCAGACCCUGCCCGGGGGAGAAGAGUAUGAAGAUAAGAUCGCAGCUAAAGAAGGGGCCAGCAGUGACGAAGAGGACAGGUACAGGGGGACAUGCACACGUCUGAGGGCGCCCACGAAUGAGGACUCGGAUUGGGAAGGGGUCCCGGUGCCCCUGGAGGAAGGAGGGGGCCCACAGUCUCCCCUGGGCUCCCUGCUGAAGGAGAAGGCCCCUGAAAUCCGGUGUCUACGGGAGGAGUGGCAGGGCCAGAAGGCCAGACUGCAGGCCCAGGUGUCUCAGAUGCAGCAGGCCCUGGAGCAGUGCGCCAGCAGCUACAGGCAGGACCUGCAGGAGCUCCGGCGGCUCUCGGACCAGGAGAGGGAGAAGCUGCAGCGCGAGCUCCAGGAGACCGUCCAGCAGAACCAGGCCGGGAGGGCCCAGCUGGAGGCGUCCCACCAGCGAGCCCUCCGCCUGCUUGAGAAAGCCAAAAACCAGGAGCUCAAGGCCACAGAAGAGCUCUUGAAAAAGGAAUCCAGCCACAGCCUCCAGAUGCAGCACCAGGCACACCAGCUAGAGCUCCAGGCCUUGGAGGAGAAGGUCCGGCAAGAGCUCCAGGGGGAGCAGGAGAGGACGCAGGCUCAGCAGGCUCUGCUGCUAGAGUCCCUCCGGCAGGAGCUGUGGCAGCAGCGGGCCGCCUGCUCGGAGCACCAGAAGGACCUGGAGGCGCUGCAGGCUGAGCUGAGGACUCUGGGCAGCUCUGACCGGCCGCGGGCCCUCGCCCAGGGUGCAGGCGACAGCGAGGACCACGUGGACACCACCAAGGAGGGGCGCGGCCCAGGCGCGGCCGGCUCCCCCAAGGGCACCGCCCAGCAUUCUCCCAGCGGCGGCGAGGAGGGCCUCCUGCAGGAGAACUCGCAGCUCAAGGACGCCUUGCGGCAGCUGCGGGAGGAAGUGGAACAGCACCAGCAGGAGGCGCUGCGGCUCCGCGACCAGAGCAGGCAGCUGGAGGAGGACCAGCAAGCGCAGCGGGCCCGGGAGGUGGAGCUUCUGCGCCAGGAGCACCGGAAGGAGAUGCAGGCCCUGGUGGCGGACUUCAGCAGCGCCCAGGCCCGGCUCCAGGCCCGGCUGGCGGCCCUGGAAACCGAGCUGAAAGAGUCUGGAGAGAAGCCGGGGAAGGGGGCGUCCAGGCCGGAGGACGCGCAGCUCAUAGGCCGCCUGCAGACCCGCCUGAAGGAGCGAGAGGAGAUCAUCAAGCAGCUCACGGAGGAGAGAAGGUUUCACUACGCAGCGCUCCCCAGCGCCAUGUCCCAUCGGAAUCGGUCCUUCUCGUUCCAUCCUCACCCGGGGUAUUUGACCCCGUCCAUGAAGAAAAAGAAGAUGGAGGAAGUGCCCAGCCGAGUGGUCAGCGUGCCCAACCUCGCCUCCUACGCCAAGAACUUUCUGAGUGGGGAUCUGAGCUCCAGGAUCCACGCCCCGCCAAUCACCAAGUCACCCAGCUUGGACCCGGGCCCCAGCGGGGGCCGGCCUUACAAGCCCAUGCAGUCUCCAGACGUGAAAACUGCCACAAGGACCCAGGAUGAGGAGGCGGCCCAACCCAAAGAAGUCCCACAGAAGCAGGGCUCCGCCCACCAGGAAUGGUUCACCAAGUACUUUUCCUUCUAAAUCGAUCCUUGGGAUCCACCACAAAGGGGACGUUUGAAAAACAUUGAAAACUUCUAAUUGAGGGAAUGAACUAGAAAACCAACCAACCAAAAAUACCUUGCUCUGUAACGUGGUUUGCGAACAACAGCUACAGCAGAUUUUGGCCUUGACAUUUCAUUGUUUCAUUGUGACACCAGAUCAUUAAAAAAUUCUCGACCUUAGGAUAAAACGAACUAGUGUGGUCCCAAAGCAUCGUAGGAAGGUGUUAUUAAUGUCACUACGGCCUACCCACUGUAGGCCGGUGUCCCUCAGACCACCCUCCCCUCGGCGGUGUCCAUGGUCCACUUUGGAAGCGACUUCAUUUUCCCUUAGGAUGCAAGUCAGCCUGAAAACUGUCUUUAUGUAAGUGACACAGUUCAAGAUGCACAUCCAACCUCAGUAAGAAGAUGAAUAAAACAGUUCCACAUAACCAGGAAAGCCAACUUAAACAACAAAACAAGCAAAAUCAAGACCUUGACGUACUUGGAUUAAGUCCUUGGACUUUCUAAUCCAGGGCACGGAGUUCAUAAUAGAGGGGAUAACACCUACCUCAGCGCGGGGCUUUAGGAGGAUUCAGCCGGACUACGUGGUGGGCAGCGACCCCCACCAGGCCCCGGGACUCAGCACUGCCAGGGCUGAAGGACCAGCCCUGCCCCCGUCCAACACCUCAGUCUCAGUGACCGCAGCAUCCGCUUGCCGUCUGCGAAGGUUUCGAGAUUGUCUGUUCUUUCGAGUCAAAGAUCCGCUGACCCUCUGGGAAGGGGGAGGGGUCCUGCGCGGUGCCGACCUCACCGACAGGCCACCCGCACUGCCUGACCCUCUGAGGGAGCAGCGUGAUUGGACGUAGCUCCGUAGGUCUCUGGACGGGCAGACGAACGGUGCUCUCGGUCCUCUCGGUCCUCUGGUGCUGGCCCGGCCAGGUGGCCCACGACCCGCCGUGUCCUCUGUGCACUGUCAGGUCUUUGCUCUCUGAAUAAAAACCUUUAAACAACUGGGCGGGAGAAGCGGUUGUGACUCGUGUUGAUUUUCCAGAGAAGGGUGAAAUGAGAUGACGGCUGAACGUGGAGAUAGGGAGUGCACACCCGCCUCGCUCAGACCGUCUUCACGUGGGAAGUGGCUGUUCACGGGCUCUUGUGUCCUUUUGAGGGAAAUGCAGGUGUAGCUCGGAACGCGUAACUGAAAGGUAAGUUGUCCAGUCAAAACACACGGCCCCAAUACGAUACAUUUUGAGGUGCAAAUACUUGUUACCGUACAUGUAGUAUGUCGUAUUGUUUUCCAGUAUCGAGUAUUUCUUAGUUGUCCUUUGUUUCCUGCUUAGAGCGAGCCUUGUAGGGUUGUGUUGGCAUUGUGUGUUUUAAAGCCUGCGGACAGGCAGUUCUGUGUGCUUUUGUUCGUGGAGACAUCUCCCCAGGGCCUCGACUCCGGACGCCUGGCAGGGCAGGCCUGGCCGCGCCCCGCCGUCCUGCAGCUCCUGCAGCUCACGCAGCUCACAGGAACGCCUGCUGCUGCUGCUGCAGAGUGGGAUGGACACUCCGCGUCUGUUCGCACCCCUUUCCUGUGGCAGGUGAGCGAAAGACCUUGUCAGUGUCUAGAUUCUACCUAAUUGUUGCGUGUUUGUUAACUGAGUCUUUGUAUGCAUCUAUCAUUUCUUCUUUAGGAUGUAUUAUUAUGUGAGCAUUGGAGUAGAGCAUGAAAGGACACACACUUGAGUUUUUUGUUUGGUAACAACAAAUUUCCCAUCCAGAGGGUUUCUAGCAAUUUACACCUUGAACAGUGAAGGACAUCCUCGCUCUGUACCCUAGAGAGAAGAUUAAGAAACCCACUUUGAUAUGAGCACUCUCCUUGGUUUCCUUUGCAUAACGUACUCCAUCAGUCUCCCAAGAGCAGAGUGGUCUAGGGAGGGUGGUGGCGGUGCAGAGGGAACAGCAGCGGUGAAGGGAGAUGAACGGCUCGGGACGGAGUUGGGAGGGAGAAACAACAGGAUUUGAUGGUAAGCCUCUAGGUUACACUAUGCAGAAGUAUGGAGUUAUCGCAUCCCUGCACCUGGAGCAAACCU